AUGAGGGAACUUGAACUUAGUAGAGCCAAGUUAAGUGUAUGCAAAGAGAUUGAUAAUGAGCAAACACCCUCCCUUGAAGAAGAUCUAGUAAAUCUUCCUAGGGAGAGUAAAGGCGAAGGAGUGAAAAGACUCUUGCAAUCUCUAACAGUAACUACCUGUGCAAAUGAGGCUAAUACAUCAGUUCAGUCCCAAGUACAUGUAUCCCAAACACCUGUUUUGACAACAACAUCCACACCAAAGACUACAACAUGUGGUUUGCGGGCUUCUGCUCCAUCAUUCUCACCGGGAGCCGUAACACAGUCAGUAUUUACUGUUCGUCAUUUUGAACCUGAAGUUGGUCUUCCCAUUCAAACAGAAGCAGCUUGUACAAAAGCUUUCUCGUCGGCAAAAACUGAUCCUGUUGUAAGUAACUCCAUAAGUGCUCCAUCACCAAUUAUGUCAACAGUUACGAAUUCCCCUUCAAGUUACCAGUUUGUUCAUCCUCAAGGUCAAGUUAACUCCUUCUGUGAAGGGUGGGAAAAGAUUGCUCCAUCAUUAUGA